AUGAAUAAUAGCUCGGCUUUAUAUAAGAAUGUUUAAGCAAAUUCUUAACGUAGUUUUGAAAAUAAUUAUUUAAAUGAAGAAUAAGCAAAAUGCUUAUAGUAGUCUAAAUACAGUUAAUUGCAACAAAGAAAUAAUAAUAAUAAGAUGAAAUCAUUGCAAGAUUUAUAAAAUGAAUACCUUCCUUUUUAAGAGGAUGCAAAAUAAAAACCUAAAUUUUAUAGUUAAGGAAAAGAGGGUAGCUAAAAUUUUGAAUAGAGUUAAUAAGUUUCUUUAGAUUCAAAAAUGAUUAAUCCAUUGAGCGAAUUCAAAGAAUAAUCCUCAAAAAAAGACUUAGGAUAACAUGAUUUAUUAUAAUGCAGCCAUAUUUUGAUUUAAGAUGAAAUUAUUUAUGAAAAGAAUCUUAAAAAGCUUGGGACAAAGGUGAACACUGCAUUAAAAAGUUAAUAUUUACUUAAUAAAGAAAAUAUGGUUGACUAAAAAUAUAAGUAGAACUUUUAGGAUGCCUUUUUUGAUAAAGAUGUUAUUGUUACUUAGCGCAAAUUAAUUGCUAAAUAAUAUUUUUUUUCAUCGAUAUUUAUCACAGAUUUAGUGAGUAUGCUUAUACUUGGUUCAAAAAUGUUUUAUUCAUAUUCAUUAGCAACUCAUAAUUUGAACCAAAAUUUAAUUAUCUUUGGAUUAAAUUUGCUAAUAUUCUUGAAAGUAAAUGGAGUUUCUCAUAAAAAAAAGAGAUUUGAUUAUAUAUUUACUUUAACUGAAAACCAAAAACACAUUUCUAAGCUUAUUAAUUAAUUAGCAAUCGUGAUAACAGUUGCUCAUAUAGCUGCGAUCGGAUGGUAUUUUUUAGGUAUAUAAGAAUAAAACUACUAGUAAAUAAAUUGGCUUGAUAAGCUUGGUAUUUCUUCAGAUUCAUAUUAUCAAAAGUAUAUAUACUCUCUUUACUGGUCUAUUACCACUAUGACAACAGUUGGAUAUGGAGAUAUUUCAGCAUAAAAUCCAGUGGAAGCUCUUUAUAUAACAAUUGCUAUGAUCUUGUUCAGUUGUGUUUUUGCAUAUUCUAUAAAUAACAUUGGUUUCAUUCUUUAAGAAAUAGAAAGGUCUUCAAAAUAACUUAAUGAUGACUUAACUACUAUUCAAAGAUAUCUAAAAAGAAAAGAUGUUAAUAUACAGCUUAAAAGUAGAGUGAGACACUACUUAUCGUUUUUAGCUUAAGAAUAAAAAGACAGAGACAAAUAAUAAGAAGAUAAAAUUCUUUCUGUUCUAUCUAAUAAGCUCAGAGAUGAAAUUACAUAAGAAAUAAACUCAAAAAUUUUAAAUAACUAUUUUAUAUUUAGCUCUAAUUUUUCUAAAUCAACUUUAAAUAAAUUAAUAUUUAUCAUGAAAGAAAUUUUAGUAAAUCCAAAUGAAAUUAUUAUUAGUGAAAAUUAAAGUGACGAUUCUUCAAUUUACUUCAUUCAGAAUGGUAUUAUUGAGAUAUAUUAACAGUAAAUAUAAAAGCAGAAUAGUAUAGCUGUUAUAAAAACUUUAACAAGUGGAUAGAUUUUUGGAGAAAUUUCAUUCUUUUCUGGUCUUUAAAGACAUGCCUCAGCUAGAAGUGUUAAUUUAUCUACUCUAUAUAAAAUUAACAGAGAUGAAUUUAUAACCUUAUUAAAAUAAAACCCUGAAGAUUUUGAAAGGUUUAAAAUGAUGCAUAAUUAAGAAAUAGUUUAGAUACUAAAAUAAAAUAUUUUGUAAGAGGAUGAUGAAAAUUAUCUAAUGUUUACUAGAGACGAAAACAUAAUUACUGAAUUAACAUAAUCACAAUAUGAAAACGAUGAUGACAGCUCUUAUGAUGAUGAAAGUAAUUAAGAUUCUUAAACUAAAAUACCUACAAAAUUUGAAGAAAAAAUAAAUGAAAUGACUAUAAUAAGUGCAAAAAAAGCUUAGCAUAGUGAGAAAAUAGAAAAGCAAGUAAAAAGUAUGAAUCAUACAAAUUCAAUCGCUACCAAUAAUGAAGAUUCUGAGCAAUUUACGAUUUUAGAGAAUUAGAAUUAGAGUUUUAUUUCUAAUCUUGUAUAUGAAAAUUAAGAAUUAGCAAAAAAUAUCUCCAAUACUAUCAACUCUUAAGCUAGAAUCAAAUCAUUUGAAGCCACUGAUACAAUUGAUUCAAAUAACAUUUAAGAACUCUCAAAUUUUAAUCAAUAAAAGCAUGGACAUUAUUCAGAACCAAACAAAAUUUUUUAGAAGAAGGAUAAUAAACCAGAAAUAUAGUAGUGUACUACUCUAAAUUAAAGUGAGGAAGAUGAGAAAUCAACUAAAAAGCUUGAUAAAUAAAAAUAAGCUUAAUAGAACAUAAAUCUACAGUUAACAGAUUAUUUAAAAAGUUAGAUGAAAUAAGAUAUAAAUUAUAGCAAUAUUAAUAAUUAAAUUUAAAAAUAAUUCACUAAUUAAUCAGGAGAUGACCACUCUUAAGGCUAAUAAUAAGAGAGUUAGGUUUAAAAAACAGCUAAAAUAGAAAAUUUAUAAAAAAAAUCAAAACAUAAAAGAUUACCCUCUAAAGUAAAAAUGGAAUAAAAUAAAAAUAACUAAUAAACUAACUAUAGCCAAAAAGAAGUUAGAUGCUCUGUUGAGUAGACAAUAUUAUAGAAUCUUAUUUAAAUGAAUAUAAUACCAGAUAAAACUCAUUCUUAGCUGUAGCUGAAAAGUUUAGAAGUCAACAAAAGUAAAAUUAGCAAUACAAAUCUCUCUAAUAGAUCUAUAGCUGAAAAUGGUGAAAAAAAAUCCAGCCAGCUUCUUAGUAAUAAUAGUGCAAGUAAAUUUAAUUAAAAAGAAUCUUCAUAAAAUAAAAUCUUGCAAUAGCAGUAGUAAACAAAUCAAACUAUUAAAAAUUCAUAUGAAAAUUUAUAAUUAAUGGAAAGGUUUUCCAAAUUAUUUUAAGAAAGCUAAUUACCUCUUUUACUUCAAUUGACAACAGGUAAAAGCUUUUUGUAAGAAUCUUAAUACCUCACAUAAAAUUCAAUGGAUUAUUUUGAUAAGAUGUAAAAUUUUAAGAAAUUUUAUCCUAAAAACAAUUUUGAUUAAGUACUACACAAUAUAAAAAUUUCACAAUAGGAGUAAAAGAAACAAAAAAAAAUAAAAUAAGCUACGAAAGAGCGUCGUUAAAAUAUAGGUUUAGGAAACAAAGUAAGAAUAUCUAUUUUUCAAGGUAACAAUACUAACUUUAUUAGAAUAAUUCAAUAAGAUUAUGAUAUAAAUUUAUACAAACCGACCUAUCUAUCAUAUGGAACAAAAAUGUAAAAAGGUAUUACCUUUCCUUUAAACAGCAUUUCAAAAACAAAUGAUUGA